CACAACAGUCAACAGCAAGGAGGAGAAACAUUUAAAGGAACUUUGGUUAAAGAAUAUCACACUUCCUUAAUAAUUUCUCCAAAUUAUAGUAGCUUCAAGUUUUUGAGAGGUCCUGUUUUAGAAGACAGCAGAAAUUCUCAGAUCUUCAGGUUCAAUCAGCUGUGAGGAAUGGAAGAGGCAAAGUUUAAAAAUGUGUCCCAGCCAGGCAACAUUUUCAAUAUCAUUGGAGCAAUUCAGCAAAAAAACCAUGACCUUAAGUCUUUCCUUCCAGAAAAGGGAAAGCUUCAUGAGAAUGAUGAAGAGAGCAUCAAACAGAAUCUCGACACAGUUUUGUUCCUAAACCAACAAGUGAACACUGAAUUGCUGGAAAAGAUCAAAAGUGCGAAACAGAUACUUCAAGCGACAACUGAAAUAAUCUCUGCUCUAUGUGAACCAUAUCGAUUAAGUGUGGGCCACAGAGUAAGUGCCGCUCACUUCAGUUAUCUGGAAAGGACCAACAAUUUUCUAAACCGUGUUAUCGUGAGUUAUAAAAGUGCAGAAAACAGUCUGCAUAAUAUUGAUUGCUGUACCAGUGAGGGCAUACAUGCUUCCUGUGUCUUGGUACAAAGCCAGCUGUUACCCAACUCAGAGCGUAUGCAGCAAAAUCAGAAUUCAGGAAGAGAAAAGAAGAUGGAAGGUGAAGAAAUCUUACAAACACCUCUGAGUAAUUCCACAAAUAAUCAGGUAAUUUGUGAGAAUAAACAUUACAGCUUGGCAGCAGAAAGGGAAAGCAGUCUUCAACUGUCCAGUUGCAGCAAUUUUCAACCAGCCCAAAAUGAAGUAACUGAAGUAACUGUCGGAAUUAAAGAUGAUCAUUUUCAGACAGCAGAUGUGUGCUAUCAAGGCCAAAAGGGAGUGAAAAAUCAGCGCGGAAUUCCGACCCCAGAUGAAAUGGAGGAUCAGUCUAGAGCAAUAAAGGAAAUGAAUUGCAGCUCUGAAGUCAAGGACACUGAUGGAAUUUUAAAAUCUAGGUCAGUUGGUCAUAAAUGUGGAGGUGAGGAAAUCCAUCUUCCUGCUUUUUCAGAAACUGGUGAAGUUGCUGAAAAAAAAUUGAACACAUUAAAUGAUAAAAAUGAGAUGAUUAUUGAAUGUCCAGCUGAAGCUGUGAAAAUGGAAGAGCGAAGAGACUGGUCCCAAAGAGAACUUUUUGCAGAAAUGAAUGGUAAAGAUGAUCCUCAAACUGCCUGUUAUGUCACAGCACCUUUAAUUGUAGUUCAGAAAUUGUUAUGCAGAAUACUCAACAAUAGGAGCCCAAUGGUUGUAAAUGAUGGUGAAGAACUGGUUAGUAAUGUGAUCAGCAUUGAGUGUACAGACUCCAAGAUAACGAUUCCAUUUCCUGUCAAAAUUGCUAUACCAUUCAGUGCACGCUACCAGGGCAAUUAUCGUGAGAUUAUGGUAAAAGUUUUGGAUGCCACUCCAUAUUCAUGUUAUAUAAGUCCUAUUUCCUCAGACAGAAUCUACAGUGGACACAAUAAGGGAUCGUGUGCAGAGGUUAAGAUAUAUAAACUUGGUAUCUUUUCUGUUGUGUCCUGCUUAAGAAAAGAGACGUUUACCGUACCUAGAAAAGGUUUAUCCUUAAAAUUGAGCAUGGAUUCAAGAAUUACACUGAAUUAUCUCCCUGGGUCAUUCAGUACCCCUGUGUUUGUUCAAUCAAAGGUUCAACCAAUUGAUUCAACACUGUUGUCUGGACUAAAAUCAAGACAAGAUAUAUAUCAUCCUAUAAUCUCUACAAGUCCCCUUGUUCAUAUUAAACAUCCAUCAACUCUACAGUUCCGAAAAUCAAUUAUGGUCACAUUGCCCUGUCCACCAAACCCAGACAAGAAGAAAUUAGGAGAUGAGAAAGACAACGCUCGAGCAGCCACAGCCAUGGUGCACAGAAGCAGCAGUCAUCGGAUUCGCCAUAGAUUAAUGAGUGCACCUGUAAAAAGGCAUGGAGACGCAAUCAACGAACCUUUAAAACUGCUGGGAUUUAAUUCCAAGAUUGAGGAAUGGUUGAUAAUGGACAACGUAACCAUGAAAGAUAUGCAAAAUGGAUUAGUUGCAUUUGAAAUUGCAGAAAAUCUAGACAGAUUUAUAGUCCUUCGUUUAUCAUCUUCAGUGGAUAAUAGUUGCUUGAUUCCUUUUAUACAUGAAUUGGAAGAGGCAAUCCGAUUUACCAUGGUUAAUAUUAUUAUGUACCACAAAAGGGAAAAUUCCCAUCGCAAUGUAGUCCAGAUGGUGCCUUCCAGAGAUUUACAAUGGGAAUUGGCUAAAUUGCAUGAAGAGGGAUACAGAGGUCCACCAGAGCCAUCUGAAGAGUUCCCAAUGAGAGAAGGCGAGCAGAUCAUACUCAAGUUUAGUGGCAACAUUAAAUCAUUAGGUAAUGACCAAGAUAUGACACAAGGCUAUCCAUUAAUAUUCCACUCCCAGCGGAAAUCCAGGCUGGAACUUGAUCUGACUGUAGUGGAUGAGUUUGGCAAUUACUGCUCUCCUCACUACAAGGGGAUGACAAUAUUUUACAAGGUAACUAAAGAAGAUCUAGCCCAACAAUUGGACGGGGACUACCACAUGGUGAAUCAGCAGCACUACAAUCCUGUAUGCAAACUGGCAUUAACAUUGCCAAAGAGAGAAAAACGUCUUAAUCAUUCCACAAGUGUGAACCAAAUUUCUCCACCAGAAUCCACAUCUGGGAAUGUGCUUUACUGGCUGGCGUCAGAGCUUUCUGAAGAAGAUGCCAUGAUGCUUGUGACCUCCCUACGAAUGCGGCGCAGCGCCAUUCAACUUGUCAAGUUGAACAAUCCGGAUGAUUUAACAGAUCAGAUUUUCAAAAUGCUCAACAUGUGGAAAAAGCUUCUGCCAACAUCCAUAAAUAAAGUAGAGAUCCUUUCCCGGCAUUUGAAAAGGUGUGGCAGGGAAGAUUUGGCUGAAGAGUUAUGGUCCAAACAGGAUUCUGAGGAGUAAUGAAAGCAUUAUAAGGUUCCAGAGGUUUAUUUCAGGAAAAUGCAUAAUAAUUGACAGACUGCCCUUUUACAAAGAUAAAGAAAAAAAUCACAGAAUAUUGUUGAAAUUUUGUUUCAACAAGAUAUUUCUCAAUGAUGCAUCAACAAAUACAAACACUUUUUUAUGAUGGGACCAGGAGAGUGCCAGUUGAUCAAAUAUUCCGGUUGGUCAAGAGGUCCACAGAAUCAAUGUAAGAACACAUACUAAGUAAUAGAAAUGUAACACAGUUGGCAUACACAUUACAGUAUAAAUAAGUUAAAUAAUGAUGCAACUUUAAUAAAAUUUACUGGCUGAGAGCCUUCUCACUCACACCCUCAACUGAUUACUUGGACAUCGCAGAGACCGUGAUAUUAGAAGAAACUUCCGGUAUUUCAGGCAUAUAAUUUUUGCCGGUUUAUCAAGAGCUCCGGUUCAUAAAGUGCUGGUUAAAACGAAGUAAGUUAUGUUGUUUAUGUCUCACAUGAGUUCUAGAAUUCCCAUUACCUGAUAUGUAUUUUCUGUUUAAUGUGUUAAUCUGUAUCACUUUAUAUUGCUUGAAAAUACAGUUUUGUUCCUCCCUUAAUAUUAAAGUUGCUUUUAUUUAUUUUUUCACUGAGGGGAGGGCACUUUGCAUCUUAGCUUGCUUGUGCUAUAAGUUUUGAACAAACUGCUUCAGACACAAUAAGAAGGGGAGACCCAUAGCACUCUAAUGAGAAUGUAGCACAAUGUCCAGAACCAACAAAUGAGGACUAUACUUAAAAGCAUGCCAUGUGGUAGGUUACUUACACCUGGUAGAAGGAAAUUGAGGCAAUAUUUAAUAAAAUCUUAAGGACACUCUCUCUGAAUACAAUUUUUCAUAAAUGCAAACGUCUUGUCAAUAGUCAGGCAAUAAGCCUGUAAUUUUCUUCUAACGCACCACUGGCAUGCAGAUGAGGUAGAAACUCCAAAAACACAAGCAAUUUGAGAUGGUUUUAACCCCAGAAUGGGAACAAUACACUCAACACACUAAGAGCUCGAAGAGAAAGU